AGGAGAGCAUUUUCGCUAACCCUAACCCUUUUCCUGUUGAGGACACUUUCGAUUGACACUUGUCUUCUCUCUGUGUCCACUUUAGAUGAUGUCAUCGGAACUCCUGUCCUUUUGUUGGCUGCAACAGCUGCUGGUGGUGCUCCUGAAGCUCACCCUGUCCUCCGCCGGACCGACCAAUUGGACAGAGUGUACGGCUAGAGGUCCUGCCUCCUACAUCCUGGUCUUUACGGGUCACUGGAGCCCCCAGACGUUCCCUAAACAGUACCCACUGUUCCGUCCCCCUGCACAGUGGUCCAAACUCAUAGGUAAGAUGAGCCACCAACUCAGUCUAAAAUCAGGCCCUAGCCACUACCAGACACUUCAUGAAACCCCUUUGAUGAUCAGAAAGAAGUGGAUGUGAACACAUACAGCAUAAACUCCUUACAGUAUUCCAAACCAUAUUGGUAGUGUCUCAAUGACAUAUAAUGGCCUCCUCUCUUUGCCUUUUUCCCCUCAUAACAACUGGUUGGUGAAAGGAAAGGACACUCAUCACUCAAGUCCUUUCACAUCAGGGCUCCCAAUUAAAAAGGGGGAAUGAGGGGGGCUAUUUUGAGAGAGAGAGAGAGAGAGAGGAGGAGGGGGGGGGGGGGGAGGGAGAGAGAGAGGAGGAGGAGGAGGAGGGGGGGGGGAAGAGAGAGAGAGACUGAGACUCAAGGAACUCUUGUGGUGAGUUGACAGGCCAGGUAAAUACAAAGGCUGCUUUGUCCUCAGCAGGCUUAGGUCGAGCCUUGAGAGUGGCAUGUCUCCAUUUGUGGUCAUACCCCCCCCCCCCCCCGCUUCAGAGAGCUGAUCAGGGAUAGUAGACCAGUCAGGGAUACUGGCUCGACCUUCUCCUUUCCACACCUGAUCAUGUGUUGCGAGGUUUGAGGGCUCACAGCUGGCCAGUUAUCCCGCCUCUCAAAAGAGAGAGAGUGGUGAGGCUAAAUACUGCCAGAUGAUGCAGGGCGGGUACCUAUCUCUCUCUCUCUCUCUCUCUCUCUCUCUCUCUCUCUCUCCUUCUCUCUCGCCUUCUUCUCUCCAUCUGGGGGCUGCUGGGGUCCUGGAGGCAUAUGGGGGCUAAGAUGGUUUUUAGGGUGUGGUGGGGUCAGAUGGCUUACCUCACUCAGGGAGGGGGGAAGCUCUGCUGCUCUGCCUUGCCAACAUGGAUGGAUGGCAGAUGUGUGUAUGUGCCAGAGAUGUGUGUAUGUGCCAGAGAUGUGUGCGGGUGCCACACUUGCUCUCUGCAUCACUGUCUGUGGCCGCUGUUGGUUUGUCUGGCUUCCAGAACUCCCAGCCAUGCCCUGUCAGCCUGCCAGAGGGUGAUGGCCUGUUUCUGCAUAUAGAGACCAUAACCGUACACAUAGUGUAGGCCCUGGGGACAAGGACAUGUCUCUGAUGGCUUUAGACUGGAGGGGACCAGGGGGUCAGGGACAUGGGACAAGGGAAGAAAGUUUGGGAGUUAGGGGUCUAGGAGUUGAGGAGGGGGAUCGUUCAUUUGCAAGAAGAAUUUGAAACGUGACGUAUUAUUAUUGAGUUUCAGGGACUUGACGCUUGUGGGAAACCUGUUAGUAUGGAAAUUAAAUUAAGUGUGUAAGUGACAGUGGUUGAGGGGAAACAGGAUAGUGUGUGAUGUGUGUUUUUUGGGUACAUUGGGAGUGUGUGUGUACAUGCGUGCGUGUGGUGAGGUAAGGCAGAGAUGUUAUGAGACAGACUGAGACUGUGUGGUCGUUAGUUCGUCUGGCUGACCCUCUGCAAGCCUUACAACCAGGUCACGCGUGGCUUAUAAUGGGGAGUGACAGGACAAAGAACAGAAAUCUGACUCAGAAUCAGUUCUUAAGGGCAAAGAGAGAACAAAGGCAAUCAUCCCUCUCAAAGUAAAGAGAACAGUGGGUCUGUGAGAUAUCAGAAAGGGGGGGUAAAGAUCUUAGUAUGAGUAAAGGUCUUGGUAUGAGUAAAGAUCUUGGUAUGCGUAAAGGUCUUGGUAUUAGUAAAGAUGUUGAAUGCAGUGAGAUGAACUGAUGCUAGAUGAAAUAAUAAUGACAUUAAGGAAGGAGAGAUGUGUUUUCAGAGGAUUAGAAAAGAACCUGUCUUCCUGUCCUCUCCCAACAGCUAUCACCCAUAACAAGCAGCACCGGCUGUUUCAGGAGGGGGCGCUGGCUAGUAUAGGGGUGCAGAACUUCGCUGAGGUGGGGGUGACGGUAGAGCUGGUGAAGGGGGCGAAGGAUGCCAGGAAGAGACGGGCUGUCGGUGCCAUGUACAGAACAGCGGGCAUCGCCACUGGCAUUGGGCACAGCUCCACAGAACUGCUGCUGCAACCACGGAGCCCACUGGUAGGCAUGACACACACACACAGGCACACACACACAGGCACACACACACACACAGGCACACACACACAGGCACACACACAGGCACACACACACACAGGCACACACACACACAGACACAGGCACACACACACACACAGACACAGGCACACACACACAUAGACACAGGCACACACACACACACAUAGACACAGGCACACACACACACACACACAGACACAGGCACACACACACACACACACACACACACACACACGUUGGUUUUACUAUCCAAGUGGGGACCGGAAAAUGUAUUCCCAUUCAAAAUCCUAUUUUCCCUAACCCUUAACCUAACCCUAAACCUAACCCUAGCUCCUACUCCUAAUUCUAACCCUAAUUGUAAACCUAACCCUAACUCCUAAUCCUAACCCCUUACCCUAAUUCUAACCCUAAACCUAACCCAUAAGCCUAAAAUAGCCUUUUUCCUUUUGGGGACUGGCUAAAUGUUUGUUUUUGGAACCCAAAAGGAUAGUAAAGUUAGACGGCAGACACACACACACACACACACACACACACACACACACACACACACACACACACACACGUUUUGUUAUUCUAUCCUAGUGGGGAUCUAAAAUUAAUUUCCAUUCAAAAUCCUAUUUUCCCUAACCCUUACCUUAACCCAAACUAUAAACCUAAACCUAACUUCUUACCCUAAUUCUAACCCUAAUUGUAACCCUAAACCUAACCCCUAAGCUUAAAAUAGCCCUUGUCCUCAUGGGGAUGUGGGAAAUGUCCCCACAAGGGAGAAUUGUGUGGACUUUGGGGGAUUUUAGGUCCCCACAAGGAUAGAAAAACCAACACGCAGAUGCACACACACACACACACACCACUAUUUACACACACGUUAUAACUUUCCAUAAACCUCUCCACAACCCUUUCCAUAGUCCAGUUCCUCUCUCUCUCUAAAUAUACGGACACGCCAUGACUUUAUCAACUCUGUUCCGCUCUCCGCUCCCACCACAAAGUCUAAGCAACAACAACUCCUCAACUCAAUCCAUAGUCAACUCAUGACCCGGAUGAGGGUGGGGCUGGGACUGGGAGGGAUGCUAGCCAGGCUAGGUGGGUUCUAGGCUGCCUGGGGCUGAGGCUGGGACUGGGAGGGAUGCUAGCCAGGCUAGGUGGGUUCUAGGCUGCCUGGGGCUGAGGCUGGGACUGGGAGGGAUGCUAGCCAGGCUAGGUGGGUUCUAGGCUGCCUGGGGCUAAGGCUGGGACUGGGAGGGAUGCUAGCCAGGCUAGGUGGGUUCUAGGCUGCCUGGGGCUGAGGCUGGGACUGGGAGGGAUGCUAGCCAGGCUAGGUGGGUUCUAGGCUGCCUGGGGCUGAGGCUGGGACUGGGAGGGAUGCUAGCCAGGCUAGGUGGGUUCUAGGCUGCCUGGGGCUGAGGCUGGGACUGGGAGGGAUGCUAGCCAGGCUAGGUGGGUUCUAGGCUGCCUGGGGCUGCUGUCUGCUUCUGGUGGAUGUUUGUUUUUCCUCGCACUUAGUUGAGGACUGAAGUGGAGAGAGGGGAAGAGAAGGGGAGAGAAGGGGAGAGAAGUGGAAAGGGGAAGAGAAGUGGAAAGAGGGGGGUAGAGAAGUGGAGAGAGGGGAAGAGAGGGGGAGAAGUGGAAGGUGGGUAGUUCCUGGAGGUUUGGAAAUGGAAGAGGCACAGUGUGGUGCCUUAGAAUAACAGAUUGGAAGCUUUAAAAGGAGGGUGGUGCUUGAAAUCAUUGUUCUUCCUCUGUUAACCAUGGUGACCUGCAAGGAAACACGGCCGUCAUCAUUGCUUUGCACAAAAAGGGCUUCACAGGCAAUGAUAUUGCUGCUAGUAAGAUUGCACCUAAAUCAACCAUUUAUCGGAUCAUCAAGAACUUCAAGGAGAGAGGUUCAAUUGUUGUGAAGAAGGCUUCAGGGCGCCCAAGAAAGUCCAGCAAGCGCCAGGACCGUCUCCUAAAGUUGAUUCAGCUGUGGGAUCGGGGCACCACCAGUGCAGAGCUUGCUCAGGAAUGGCAGCAGGCAGGUGUGAGUGCAUCUGCACGCACAGUGAGGCAAAGACUUUUGGAGGAUGGCCUGGUGUCAAGAAGGGCAGCGAGGAAGCCACUUCUCUCCAGGAUAACAUCAGCGACAGACUGAUAUUCUGCAAAAGGUACAGGGAUUGGACUGCUGAGGACUGUGGUAAAGUCAUUUUCUCUGAUGAAUCCCCUUUCCGAUUGUUUGGGGUAGCCGGAAAACACCUUGUCCGGAGAAGACAAGGUGAGCGCUACCAUCAGUCCUGUGUCAUGCCAACAGUAAAUCAUCCUGAGACCAUUCAUGUGUGGGGUUGCUACUCAGCCAAGGAAGUGGGGUCACUCACAAUUUUGCCUAAGAACACAGUCAUGAAUAAAGAAUGGUACCAACACAUCCUCCAAGAGCAACUUCUCCCAACCAUCCAAGAACAGUUUGGUAAUUGAUAAAGUAGGAGGAAUUCCUGGGAAAAAACAGUUUGAGAGAAGGCUUCAAAAGAUGAGAGGAAGAAUGGAGGCAUAUGAGCGAAAGACGGGGGCAUAUGAGCGAGGGACGGAGGCAUAUGAGCGAGGGACGGAGGCAUAUGAGCGAGGGACGGAGGCAUAUGAGCGAAGGACGGAGGCAUAUGAGCGAAGGACGGAGGCAUAUGAGCGAAGGACGGAGGCAUAUGAGCGAAGGACGGAGGCAUAUGAGCGAAGGACGGAGGCAUAUGAGCGAAGGUCGGAGGCAUAUGAGCGAAGGAAGGAGGCAUAUGAGCGAAGGAAGGAGGCAUAUGAGCGAAGGAAGGAGGCAUAUGAGCGAAGGAAGGAGGCAUAUGAGCGAGGGACGGAGGCAUGUGAGCGAAGGACGGAGGCAUAUGAGCGAAGGACGGAGGCAUAUGAGCAAAGGACGGAGGCAUAUGAGCGAAGGGAAUGAGGAGGUCAGACUCUCAAAGCGAAUGGAACAGUAGAGAUGUCGAUAGUCUCUCUGUGUCCUCCUGAGUACUGGGAUUCCUCAUCCGCUUUUACCUGCUGUUGCUGCUUCCCAGAGGCCCAACUUUCCAAACCACACCACCGUAAUGCACUAGUUUAAUGUCUGUCCCAUCCUACCCCAUCCUAGCCCAUCAUUUUACAUUACAUUUUAGUCAUUUAGCAAAAGCACUUAUCCAGAGCGACUUACAGGAGCAAUUAGCCUUGUUGAAAGGCACAUCGACAGAUUUUUCACCUACUCAGCUCGGGGAUUGAAACCGGCAACCUUUUGGUUACUGGCCCAACGCACUUAACAGCUAGGCUACCUGGCUCCCCAUCCUCCGCCACACUACCUCAUCCAAGCCCAUCCAUCCUCCCCCACACUACCCCAACCAAGCUCAUCCAUCCUCCCCCAUCCAAGCCCGUCCACCCCACCCAAUCUUGUCCCAGCCCAGCCCAGCCCAGCCCAGAGCCCUGAAUAGCGGCCAUUUAACCCCAUACAGGAAACAGCGGACACACGUCAGGGUUUUACACAACCAGGACCAAUUUUGUCCACCCUUGUGUGUGUUAGCUUCAGCUAUAAUCCUGUUUUAUUAGCACAGCCAAUAUUACACAAACAGGAUCUGAAUAGUGUACUGUAACUAAACUCUCUCAUUCCCACUCUCCCCCUCCUUUCCUUCCCUCCCUCUCUCUAUGGACACAGCUCUCUCUGAUGGUGAAAGUGAUCCCCAGCCCUGAUUGGUUCGUGGGGGUGGACAGUCUCAACCUCUGUGAAGGCGGCCAGUGGAAACAGGAAGUGACCCUUGACCUCCAACCCUUUGACGCGGGAACAGACAGCGGCUUCACGUUCUCCUCACCUAACUACCCCACCGUCCCCCAGGAAAACAUCACACGGGUGAGACAGACGACUUCUCCCCUCUUUUCACUUUCACCUUAGGUGGAAAAAGGGCCAUGGAGGUUACCCCUUCUUCUAUAAUGACUAGGCUUUAAAUAGACCAAACGUAGCCUGUAUAGGGGAGGCGGGCCACCCUCUAUUAUGUAGGUAUACUGCUACCAUUACCCUAACAUGAAAGACUUGAAAGUGUAGGCCUAAUUGAGUUUUUUCCACUAACAUAAUGUCACAAUUCAAGCACACAGCUUUGAAUUAUUAAUAAGUACCGGUAAUAAUCUGUGAUUUUAUUUUGUGUUUUAGGGUUUGUUGUUGACAGUUUUCUAUAUGCUGUUGUCCCCUUCCAGAUAACUUCCCAGAUGCCCAACCACCCAGCCAACUCCUUCUACUACCCCCGUCUCACAGAGCUCCCGCCCAUAGCCUCAAUACGGCUAACCAGACAGAGCCGUUCAUCCUCCCGUCAAACUCCCAUGUCCAAUCACAUUCUGCCUCAACCUAUCCACCCUCAACACUUCUCAGGUAGGUUUACAUGGACACGGUCAUGUGCAUGCCUCUCUUUUAAAUCUCUCUCUUUCUCUCUCUCUCUCUGUGUGUUUAUCACAAUUCAGUGUAUUUCUGUGUUAUUCAUUCACUACAUUCUCUCUCUCUCUCUCUCUCUCUCUCUCCCUCUCUCUUUCUAUCCACCUCUCAGAGACACCUUUGGACUGUGAGGUGUCUCUGUGGUCGUCCUGGGGUCUGUGUCUGGGGCCCUGCUCCAGGGGAGGGGUCCGCCACCGUACCCGCUACAUCCUCCUGUGGCCGGCUAACACUGGAGCCCCCUGUCCUGAGCUGGAGGAACAGACCGAGUGCACGCCACACAACUGCCUGAAGCCCCAGUGACCCAUGGUUGAGUAGGGUGAAGUUGCCCCUAGACACUGAUCUAAAGUAUUUUAGGUUUAGGCCAGUAAGGUUAGGAUUCGGUUGGGGACGGUAUGCUGAUCUUAGAACUGUUCUUAGGGGGAAAUUCUAGUUGGAGCAACUCCCAUGCCCGUCUCCAAGGUAACACUGGGACUCAUACACAGUGCCGGACUCCACAAACAGAAAACAAUAAUGCAAGCAAUGGACUCUUUCACUGCAGAAUGCCAGUUUAGUCUUAAAUGGAGUUGACUUUUUGAUGUGGUCUUGGUAUAGAGUACUCUACCAAUCUAAAU